UGUAAGUGUAGUGUCGAGCAUACCAAAUUAACACAAGAAAGAAUGAUUAUUUAAAUCCACUAAACCAUACGUUGCUAAGUCAAAUCCUUAAAAAAAUCCAUGUCCAGUGUCAACUAAGAAGGGAGGUCCUUGUAGAUUAUAAGAAAAAUAAAAUAAAAUAAACCAGCUAGUUUCUUAUAAUUACGGCAGGUCAUGGCUUUUAAAGGCCCUCCAUUCCUAUUUUCCCACCUCUCUGAGUUAUUACAUUGAAGCGCACUCAACGUUCUCCAUUGAAGCGUUUUCCGUUGAAUCUAAUUCUUGUAUCCCCCUUUGAAGCAGCUUCUAAGAACCCUAAUUAAUUAAUUAAAGGACGGAACUAUGAAAUUGGAAGAUGAUAAUUUGCAUAUGGAAGAUGAUAAUCUGCAUACAUCAAACCUAGAUGAUGUUUUAGAUGACAAAAAAGAGGUUGAAAUAAAACACAGAAUGCCCCAUAAAUUGAAUACGGGGGAAGGAGAUCUUUCAAGCGAGUUGCGUUGUUAUUGACCGUACCUACGUAUACCCUAAAAGUCGGUUCGAUGAAUGUGUGCCAUGAAAAUCGUAUCCGGUUGCGGUACCUUCUUCGCAAGCUUGUGGUACAACGCAAUUGGGUCGAUGCUAGUGGAGUGUUAAGUGCGCUUUUACAAGGGACUUGUAGAGAGAAAGCACCGCAGAGCAACCGUUUCAAGUAUUGGGUCGCUAUGGAGCUUCUUCAACACAUGGAUUGUAAUUUAGAUCUUUACUCAUCAAGGAUUGAGCACUUGUAUGAUACGUGGAAGGAAAAGAUAAAAUCUAACAAGAGGAGGCCAUUGAAGGAUAGAUCUGUUCUGUUGGAGUACAUUCUUUUCUGCCUUGCACGAAAUAACCAUGACUCUGCCCGUCUUAGUUUGCACAGUCUUCAGCAGGAAUAUGAAUCCGCAAGAGACCUGAAAUCUAAUUUGGUAAUGGGUUUGACCAAUUAUGAGUUGUGGUAUUCACAACUGCCAAACAACAUGCGGCUGGGAAACUUAGAAGAGUCUUGUAUGCCUAUGGAGUCCGUGACUACGAAAACCAACUCCUCUCAGGAAACUGAAAACCUGAAGGAUGAGGAUGCAGCCAGUAUUUAUGAGACAUUUUCAGAAUUGCACUAUCAUUCAGAGACAUCUAUUGUGAAUGACAAGGACACUUGUGCAAAUGUCAGUCAAAAGCCAGAUGGCGGAGUUUCUGGGGUCAAGCCAGUUGAGAAUGACAAGAAACAACAGUCACAGAAUUUCUAUAUGAGAUCUGAUGAAUCAAGUGUAGAAACUGAUGGCUCAAAUCAACAUGCUUAUGAUCAAUAUCAUUGUUCUUCUGUCUAUAAUGUACACAGCUUGCAAUCAUUGUUGCCCAUAAGAGUGCCUUCUUCAGAUAAUUUGAUGGACAUGCUCUCUUCUCGUCGACAGUUUUUUGGUGAUCAUUACAAGGAAGCUUUGAAGUUUUUAAAGCUUGCUCUUCAGUCUCCGCCUCCAAUCUCAGUGGCAGCAUUACUUCCUUUGAUACAGCUGUUGCUUCUUGAUGGUCAUGGUAAGGAAGCCUUAACUAUUCUUGAGCAGUCCUGCAAUGAGUCAAGCUCAGUGCUUUCUUUUAGAUUAAAGGCUCGUCUCUGUGAGUGCUUUGAUGUGAACAAUUACGAUGAGCUCUCUGCAUGUUUCGAGGAUGUCAUGAAGAGGGACCCGACAUGUAGGCAUUCAUUAGCAAGACUCCUGGACUUGAAUAAAAAAGGAGAGUAUGUUCCUGAACGUCUGGUGGAGAUGAUUGCUCUUCACUUGGAAGCGACAUAUGGAGAUCACACUUCAUGGAGGGAAUUUGCUUUAUGUUUGCUUAAACUUUCCCGGUGCGAAGAAGACAGAAUGUCAAUGUGUGUAGUUGGGGAGCAAAUUCAGAGUCAGAAUUUGCAUACGAUCCGGUUCAGUAGGACACCUCCCUCAUUUGUGGAGGGUACAUCAGGAAAGACUUGGAAAUUCCGCUGUAAAUGGUGGUUGAACCGCCAUUUUAGCAAGCACGUACUGGCAUCAGAAAUGGCAGAAGGUGACUCGAGGCUCAUGUCAUACAAGGCAGCUUGUGCAUCCCAUUUUUACGGGAAAGAGAUGGAAUAUGUUGCGAGGGUUCAUACAUAUCUGAAUGAGCAUGAGCAUGAGAACGAUAGGACCCUGUCGUCAUUUUUAUACACACACAUGCAGAAUUCUGUAGGUUUUUUCUCUAAUCUUGUUAGAAAGUGAUAACUUGCCAUAUAAUGUUAUUCGUUGAGGCUUUUUUAGAGUCAAGAUCUCCGACAAUUUAUAUCUGCACUAAUUCACUAACUAAUCUCACUAUUCAAAAUGUUUUAACUUCCGAGCAGUAAUCUUAAUAAUACUACGCUUGAGUAGGAUUGCAAUAUCC